AAUCAUCCCAAUUUCCGAGUGCUCGGUCGCUGACCCGACAAGCUGAAUCCCAGUGUUUUCUUCUCUUUUUGUACAUGGGGUACGUUAAUGCACCAAUAUGACGGACAAUGGGGCUUCCACUGGUCUCUUUUGAGGAUGGUUCCCGCCUCCUCCAUUCUGUCAUUGGCAUCUUCUUCUUUCAGUCAAGUUCAAGCUCUUCCCCUUCUGUCAUCUUUUUUGGGUUCGUUUAGGAGGUGUUUUUCAUGUUGCAUUCUGGUGUGUACGAUAAUUGAAAGGGUUGGGAAGAUGUUACCACGUUCGCUCCUUUAUAUGAUUUUGGCGUACUCCGCCCCUUGCAUGGGACUUGCCACACCCACAAACACGGCUUCAGAAUUUCAGAAAAUACAAGUUGGGUCUCCAUUCACUAUAACUUGGUCGGGUGCGACAGGAGAUGUUACAAUUGCUUUGAUGCUUGCCUCUGGCGCCACAGUCGUUACCAUCGGAAGCGCAUUAACAGGAACUUCAUAUGUUUGGACACCCCCAGCAUUAUCAACGACAGACACAUACACUCUACAAUUCGUGGAUGCGACGCUUGUGACGAGCAGGUCGGCAGACUUCAAUUUUAGUGAGGAUUCGGUGGCAGCAGCUCGGGAUGCUUCAAGUUCACAGUUACCGAGCACAACCCUCUCAGCUUCUGUUACCAAUACUCGAUCCCAAACUACGAGCACGACUUCAAUGCCAAAUUUGACGAUGAGCUCGACUCCAACUUUCACUUCAGAGUCCCAAACACCCACAUCAACAAAUACACCUCCUUCAACUUCCGCAAUCACGACAUCGCCAAGUGAAAAAGGACUCUCAACAGGUGCAAAAGCAGGGAUCAGCGUUGGCAUCAUCAUUGGAGUUCUUCUCCUUAUUUGUCUUGUGAUAUUGGCUUUUUGGAUUGGACGACGCUCAGCCCGAAAAGAUGCAAUGAAUAAUGACCGAGGUGUGAACGACAUGGAGGUUGGCGGUGCUGGCCGGGGAUGGCCUGGGUGGGAAAAGUCAACGCACGAUCCGGGAAGCACGGGGAGCAGGCAUAACUUGCUAAAGAGGAAUGGCGAAGGAAGAAGCUCGACAAUGGGGACAAUGAUGACAGACGGAAGAAGCUCGAGGAUGGACGCGGCGACAUUCACCGAUGGAAGGAGCUCGCGGCUGACGAUGACUGAUGGUCGAGACUCCCGAAUGGACACGAUGUCAAGUAUGCCAUUGUCUCCCUUAGCUAUGUCACCAGUAGAUGGAAGACAGUCACGAGUCAGUGUGCUUUCGGACGGGCGGACUUCAAGAAUUGGCCGAUUUGAGUUUGAAGACUCGACGGAUGCGAGAGGUUUCAGUGGAGGGAUUCGGAUUGUUGAGAUGGAAGAACUCAAGAUAUGAUGCCCGCUGCAUGAUUACGAUGAUGAUUAACGAUUAGAAUUUCCUUAAUCCAAUGAAGAACAUUGUACAAAGCCCAUGAAAGAAGGCAUUAAGAAG